AUGACGUCCACACCACAGGAGGUGCAGAUGCACACCAUCGAUCGCACGGCCGAGUACGAAGACUUCAUGACCCGGCUCCGAGAAUACCAUGCGAAGCGCGGCACGACGCUGGAUCCUGAGCCCAAGGUCGGCAUGAUUCACCUCGAUCUUUUCAAGGUCUUCAAUCACAUCAUUGCCUGUGGCGGCUAUGACAAGGUGUCGGAGGAGAAGUUGGCCUGGCGACGCAUGGCUGCUGAGCUCGGCCUGUUCUCCAACAACGAGGCGUCGACGGCCUUUUCGCUGAAGGAAAAAUUCUACAAGAACCUCGCAGCGUUUGAGAUCAGCACCAUUCACGGCAAGGAGCCGCCGCCAAAGGAAAUUCUGGAAGACGUGACGGCAAAGGGCGCCAAUCUCCUCACCCGCACGCUCGACAACUUCCGCAUUAAACGGGAAAGCAACGUCAACCCGACAGACUCUGCAGCCUCAGGCGACGACGGUACCCCCACGCGCGAUCAGCCGGUUCCUCCGGAAACUACCACCGUCUCCAGCGCACGAGCUUCGAGAGGCCUUCGCGAGGCCCCUCCGCAACGGGUCAUCUUCCAACCUGACACGGGCCCAAGUCGUCAGACUAGGAAUGCUUCGAGCCAGCACACGACGCAAAACACAGCUUCUCCGGCGGCAAAUCAUAACCAUAACCAAACGACUUCACAGCAUACAGCCAUGCAGCCGAUGCACCACGGGGCGACGCCAUCACGAGGGCCGUCCAUCGUUCACCAUCCGCCCAACGGCGAGAACACGUCGCCCAUGGUCCUUUCGUACCAGCCCAAGCACAUCAAGCCGCUGCAGCUGAGGCCGGUGGCCACUCCGAGCAACGCUCCGACGGAAUUUCAGAGACCACGAUUGCCGCAUCGACAAGCCGCCGCCGAUGCUUCCAGCCGACAGCCGAUGCUUCCAGGCACUGGCUUUGACGGGCCCAACAUCUACACGCGAUGUUUGAACGCCCUCCGGUCCGGCCUGCCCGCCGAGCAGGCCUUCGCCCUGAAUCACCUCGUCAAGAUUUCCUUCGAGCGCGGCGACAAGUUCCGAUUCGACGCCUUCCCGGGCCUUGCCGAAAGCCUCGUGGAGAAGGCGCUCGAGAUCGGAAAUCUCUACUACCAUGUUCACUGGACAAUGUCUUGGGUCGAAGGCGACUGCCCGGGGGACAUUGGUUGCCUGGAUGGCAACAACGGCACGCCCGACAUCUUGGAGCGGAUCCAGGACCUCGUGGAAAAAGACGUACCCGACGUGUUGCAGCCGGCGGACCACGCCGACAAGCUAGUGCUGAUAUCCGAGGCGAUGUUGACGAUUCGAAACAUGGUCACGCUGGCGGAGAAUGCGCAUAACAUGUGCAGCUUCUGCCCGUUGCUCGAUCUCAUCUGCAUCGUCAUGCAUCUGCCGAACAAGGACUCCCUUGUCGAAAUCAAGCACAUGGCGCUCGACAUAGCAGAGCAGCUGACGCCAUUCAUGGUAUUGGGUGCCGACGACCCUCUCUACAAGACGUUGCUCGGCCAGCUGGUAUCGGAUGACCGCGGAACCAUCCUCACGGCCCUCCGGGCGCUGGGACGCAUAUCGGUAAACCUGGAGGCCACCAACAAGCUGCCCAACGUAACGCCGGAGGCGCUGGUGCGGAUUACGAACUGGCUGCUGCUCAACGACGACGAGCUGAUCGAUGCCUGCCUGGACUUUCUGUACCAGUACACGGCCGUCGUGGCCAACGUGGAAACGCUGGUGCGGGCGACGGUACCGGAAAACCUCGUGAGCCACCUCAUGCGCCUCUUGGCUCACGGGGCUCGCAAGGUGCAGAGAGAUUUCAUUCUUCAACCGGAGCAGAAACUGGCGUCGCGGAACGAGAUCGCCCCCAUUCCCGACGACCUUUUGCAGGAGAUGGUCCAGCUGGAGGAGCCGGAGCGUGUGCAUCGCUGGAUCAAGAGUUUCUUCGAAGAAGACGACGAAUCAUUCGUAACGCAGCUCGCCGCCUGGCAGGCGUACCAGUCAGCCUUCGUCGGGCCGCUGAAGGCGAUCGGCAAAUCGAUGAUCACGCCGGCGGAUUUCAUACGCAACAGCACGUCGGUGUACAAGAACUCGAACGCCCAGGUGCUACGCGAGCCCGGCGAGGCGCAGCAAAAGUUCAUCAUCCACGGCAUUCGGCCGCGACCUCGGCCGCUCAGCCUCGGCGGGUCGGAAUACGGUCGAUGCCUGUGGGCGACGAACCCGGAGAAGAAGAACGAAAAAUGCGGGCAGUUUUUCCUCACAGCAAAGCAGAUGUGGGAGCAUAUCCUGGCGUCACACCUCGGCGAGAAGCGAAAUGAACAGGGACAUUUCGUCAACGCCGAGAGGGAGACGCGGUGCACGUGGGGCGAGUGCAACCGGCACGAGCGCCCGACCAAGAUGCGCUUGCUGGACUUUGGCCGACACAUCAACACGCACAUCAUGCCGAUGCUCUCCAGCACAGGCGCGCGGGCUAAGCGUCCGGGCAAGUCUUGGGUGAUCCCGGCGAGGACCUUGUCGGUGACGUACGAGGAGACGAUGACGACGCGCGACGAGCGUAACCCCAACGCUCCGCCGCAGGCGGCCGGGAUCCCGCUCAGCGCGGUGCUUGUGCUGCGAAACCUGGCGCGCAACGUGGUGAAGACGGAGGUGGAGGAAGAGCUGGUCAAGAUGCAGCAGCAGCAGAAAGGCAACGCGGAACGGGGCGGUUGGAACGAGCGACUGUUCCGACCAACGCAGGCGCGCCUCUUCGAGAUUCUAGCGGAGAACAAGGCACUGAGUCCGUACAUCGCUUCGCUCCUGGAUCUCAUCCGCGUCGAAGCCGAAAUCGACUCGGAUGACGACUAG